UUCUAACAUUAGUAUAUAUUUCAGACGUUCUUUGUGAGAUGUCUGCAAGAUAUACGGCGAGACCGAAAGUCAAUGGAUUCGCAUCCCAUCUACUGGACCUUUCCGACCGACGGAAUAUUCCACGAGGCGUCCCAGGACAGAGUGUAUCGCACCAUCGCGAAGGAUCUUCUCGAAAAAGUUUUAGACGGCGUAAACUGCGUGCUGAUCAGCCACGGGCAGACCGGGUCCGGGAAGAGCUUCACGAUAGGCGGUCUCAGGAACGACUGGAGGGUACCAAUCUGCCUUGGAAUAUCUCCUGCUCUCGAGCUUUUGUCAUUCAUUCGGCUGAUCAUUCGGUCUGCGAUUUGCUCAUUAACCCUCGCCGAUCGCAGCACAGGGGGAUAGCCGCACGGCUCUUGUCCGACAUGUUCGCGGUGAAGGCGAAUCGACGGAAGUUCAACGACAUACGCUAUCGUCUAAGCUUCGUCGAAUUGAGAGGUAAACAGGUGGUCGAUCUUCUCGCCGUGCGAAGGCCGAAUGUCGUCAACGUCAACGUGGGCGACCUGUUCGAGAAUAUCACCGCGGUGAGCACGAAGAGCGAGCCGGAGGCCUUGAGGAAAUUAUUCGAAGGAGAGGCGAGACGAUCAACUACGACGGCCGCGUCGUAUCCGGUAUCGCACUUGGGCACCGCUGUCAUCACUUUUCACGUGUCGAACACGAGCUUGAUCGUGUCACAGGCGGUCGUGGCGACAGCAAAAAUACACAUCGUAGAGAUGGCUGGCAUUGGCACGGUGGGGAAAUCGAGUUGCACGAAAACGGCGAGCGACGUGGGUAUGGCGAAUCUGAUGAAGACCCAGCUGGAGCAGUACUUCUGGUAUCUUCGGGAACCAAGUGCCGCGACGUACAGCGUCGCCCGCUCGAACCUAUUGAGAUUGUUGAAGAAUGAGUUUACCGUCACCUCCAUCAUCCGUUUCAUAGCUCAUGUACGCGUCACAAGGGAAGACCUCAUCGUCACAUUGUCAACCAUGCGACUGGCCAUGGAAGUCGCAAGGCUGAAACCGAUCAAGACGGUGCGGCACGUUCAGCCGCAGACAGAGCUGAUCCUGCAGCGGCUGCAGGAGGAAGUGAAUGAGCUGAGGAAGGAGCUGCUGCUGAACGAUAUGUUCCUUCGUCAAGAAGCACUGAUGAACAUCUCGAAGACGAGGAUCGAGCAGAUCGGUCGGGACAUCACAAACUUCCUGAAGGGUUCCAUUUCGGAACUGACGCUCUUCAACGUCACGCAGGCGCAGAUAUUGGUGAAAAUCGUCAAGCAGCUGUACAACAAAUUAGUCGCGAAAGAAGAUGACGAAGAGAAAUUGAGCGAAGCGUGCGAGGAUGUGAUGAACUCGUUGAUGCCAGCAGACACCACUUUGCCCGCAACAUUGUUGCAGAACGCUGAAACAUUUAACGCAAUAGACUCGAGUAAUGUUUUUGACAAACGCGAAGAUGUUACGUCACAAAUGUAUACAGACAUUGACGAUAAACAGGUAGUAGAAGAAGUAGGAAUAUUAAAUAGACACGGCGUCUCGUUGAGACCUGUUAUGCAGAUGGAUGACACUGCAAUGAGACUAAAAUAUCCAAUUGCGCUGCAACCAGAUGAAUUGCAAACGGUCGAACUCACGUACGAAUGUCAGGAUAAAACGAGAAGAACGUUCCGUCAAUUGCAACGAAUAAUGGAACGUACAACCAAAGUAAAAACGGAGGUUGUAUGCGUAUUUGCGGAAAUUUUUUACUUCCGCGUAAAACGUUACAAAAUUUGGGAACAACUGUACGCUAGGGCUUUCACAUCUUAUUAACAAUGUCCAACUAUUCAGGCAAUAUUAAAAAAAUA